CACCGGGGAGGAGUCUGAGAGUCAGGAGCAGGACAGACUGAAGGACAAACACUCAGACGAGACACAGAACAUACACCACGAGCCCAACAAUAACAACCAGAAAACAGAAGAAAAACCAGACGAUCAUCUGAUCUUCUGACCAUCUGUCAGGACAGACGAAGGAAAUGGCUGCGUCUGCGUCGUCUGCGGUGGCUCGCCGCGUCCUCGCCGCUGCAUCGCACGGAGGCCACGAGGGAGGAGUUAAGACGUGGAGAAUCCUGACGUUCGUGCUGGCGUUACCAGGCGUGGCGGUGUGCAUGCUAAACGCUUACCUGAAGCACCAGGCUGGCUCCCACGAGCAGCCCGAGUUCGUCCCAUACCCUCACCUGCGCAUUCGCACCAAGCCGUGGCCGUGGGGUGACGGAAACCACUCGCUGUUCCACAACGCUCACACCAACGCUCUGCCCACCGGCUACGAGCACUCGCACGACCACCACUGAGCAACAGCACCGCCCGGAGGUCACGUGUGGAACUGCGCAACCUAAACCUACUGCAUGAACAGAAAAGUUUAACCUUGACUGAAAUAAAAAUUUUAAAAAAACAUAACGGCGUUAAAGUGGAGAGGCGUUUUUAUUUUUCUUAUCACACGAGGAAACUGGCCUCAGAUAUCUUAAUACACUUAAUACACUCUGUGUUUGUGUGUGUGUGUUUACAAAAAUUAAGGAAUGAAAAAUAGAACAUAAACUUUACUCUAUCCCUGACAUAAUCGCACAACUGUACAACGGCACAAGCUACACCCGCGUAUAUAUCUUAUAUUACAACAACAUGAGUAAGGAAAUCAAAUCGCUCUUCGAUGCAGCAUCGUUAACGUAUAGAAUAUAUCACAGGUCCAUAUGACGAGUCACUCCUGAAUGUUACGCUAUACACGUGGUAUUCAAAAAUAAUAAUAAUCAGAAUCAUAAUACAUACAAUAAAUCAGGAAUGGCACAUUUUACAAACAAAAAAGGGGAGUAACUGGAUCACAACAUUCAUAAAAAAAAAAAAAAUA